AUGGUUUGUUGUGCUGUAUCUAAUUGCAAAAAUACAUCUGCUAAAAUAUCUAAAAAUAAAGAUGGCAUUACUUUUCACAGAUUUCCUCGGGACCCAGACAGAAAACGCCUUUGGGAAAUUGCAGUGAAUCGUGAAGAGUGGUCAGCUACUUUGUCCAGUGCAGUAUGCUCUGAACAUUUUGAUGCUAAAGAUUUUUAUAUAACUGUAAGUGGACUGCGAAGGUUAUCUAUGGAUGCUGUUCCUUCAAUAAAUAUAUCUCCUUGUCAAGAACCUGAACCUACAAUUUCAAACUGCCUUCCAAUAGAUAUUAAACCAACAGAUACAGAAGAAGUUAUAAAAUUGAAAUUCAAAGUUAAAAGACUAGAAAUAAUAGCCGCAAAUAGGAAGAAAAGGCUUAAUAUAAUGUGGCAAGGCAGACAGAGACUGAAAAAGAAAUUAGAAAAGUUAAAGUGUAUCAUUAAACAUCUAAUAAGAUAUAAGCAGGAUAAGGAAAAUAGG